AUUUGCAGUCCGUAUUGCAGAAAAGGUUGAUCGUUGUCCGAUUUUCGAACGCGCUCUUCCAUUUUCGCGGCAGAGCGCGCGGCUGCGCGUGCGCACGCCAGGCGCCACUACAAAAUAAGAUGGCUGACCAGCGAAACAAAUAGAGCGCCGUUGUAAAUAACAAACCGUCCGAUCACGUUUCGAAACGGUAUUUCUUUAAAGAACAGCCAGUGUACGGUACUCUGGAAGCGCCUCGGUCUCGGUGCUUCGUGUUUCCACGGUGUGGAAUCGUGCGGGCAGCGGACAACGUGCAAUCGCGCAUUCCAAGCCACGAUUCACCGUUGAAUGCGUCACGCGUGUCCACGAGCUUCGAGAGGAAUAGUCAAGGGAAAAAAAACAAGCCAAAAAUCACACGUCGCCAGGAUGCAAUUGCGAAAGCGAGGUUACCUCGCAAUACAUCUCCGCUUACGGCUCGCCUAGCUCCUCAUGCUAGUCUCGUCUUCCGAAUUGCUUGGAACACAGCAUGAAGGAGAUGCUUGGAGGGUGCUGCGUGUGUUCUGACGAGAGGGGUUGGACUGAAAAUCCACUAGUGUAUUGUGAUGGCCAAGGUUGUACCGUUGCUGUACACCAAGCGUUGUGAGUUGUGCCCAAGCCGAGAUGGAGCUCUUAAGAGGACUGAUCAGGCUGGCUGGGCACACGUGGUAUGUGCUCUAUACAUACCUGAAGUUAGGUUUGGUAACGUGACAACAAUGGAGCCAAUUAUUUUGCAAUUGAUACCAUCUGAGAGAUUCAGUAAGUCAUGUUACAUUUGCGAAGAACAAGGAAGAGGCAGUAGAGCAAAUGUGGGGGCCUGUAUGCAGUGCAACAAGACUGGCUGCAGGCAGCAAUUUCAUGUUACUUGUGCUCAGGCUCUUGGCUUGCUCUGCGAAGAAGCUGGCAAUUAUCUAGAUAAUGUUAAAUAUUGUGGAUAUUGUCAGCAUCAUUAUUCGAAAUUGAAAAAAGGUGGUAAUGUAAAAACAAUACCACCUUACAAACCAAUACCUGCUGAUAAUGGCUCAUCAGACUCGUCUCCUGAAAAGGAAGCAGAGACCCCGAUAAAAUCUUCGUCAAGUGGUAAACGAAAGAGUUCAAGUUCCAAAUCUGCUACAAAUUCUAAAAACAAAUCGAAUACUAGUCCAAGUCUAGAAAUAAAUGGCGUUGCUGACGACAAAAGCAGUAGCGGCCGUAAUACACCCAAAGACAACACCACAAAUUCCAGUAAAUUCACCACUUCCAACUUCGUAGAGACAAUCGUUACCCAAUCGGAGAGUGUGUUCGGACAUGACGGUACCACGUCCACCACUGCUGUGGUGGCUGCCACCACUAUUAAAUCCGGAUCAAACUCGAGCUCCAGCCAUAAAAGCAGUGGGCAAUCGAAAUCAAACUCUUCGUCGUCAAACAAAACUUCGAGCCACAGUAAAAAAAGAAAGACAGGAGCGCGAACACCGACGGUAAUAGGGAAUGAAAAUUCGAACCAAUCGGUGAGUUCCGAAGCUAGUGGUUCGGUUGUGAUUGCUGUAAGUUCUGUUGUACAGCAAGCUGUAUCGAGCAAUAACGUGCAAACAACUAUAACUGAAGCGACAAGCUUAAGCACAACCACGGAGCCGGAAAAAUCGAAAAAAUUAAAGGUGGAGAGCCCUAUGCAAUCAUCGUCGAGCACUCCAGUCACCACCGAAGUGACCACCACACCUGUGAUAAUGGCAGUAACGCAGUCUCAAUCAUCUAUUGUUACUCAGUCACCGACAACCACAUCAAAUAGUAUAGUCGUAUCUGUUCCAUUAACCGCAACAUCAUUGUCUAGUACAGUACAGACCGUGGUGACAAGUGCCCCAACGCUCUAUCAACAGUUGCAACAGAGUAUCAUAACUAACGCAGCCACCACCGAAUCCAGAACAAAUGUUAUGUCAAAUUCCGAAAGAUUUAUCUCAGAAGAAGCACCUAUUAAGAGGUCUCGUUCUCAAUCGUCAGAUAAACAAGAAAAGCCUCGCAAACUAAAACGUGGAUCAUCAAAUAGUCAACCAGCACUGCCACAGUCACAGAUGCAACAGCACCAGCAACAACAACAACAGCAACAGCAGCAGCAACUUCAAUCAGCAGCUUCAUCUGUGGUAACAUCAGUAUCUAACAAUGCAGUAGUAACAACAUCUAAACGAGGAGGAAGAAGUAAUCAUCAAACUCCCCCACCUGCUAUAACUGUUGCACCUGUAUCAUCAAUUAUCCAAGGGCCAACACUGUGUAGUGGUCAUUUUAGUAACAUUAGUUCUGGAUCUGCAAACACUAUGGGUCCUACUGUUAAGGAAUCUCCACCCAGCAGUCCCGGUUCCGAGAGUAUGAGCAGUAAUGGACCAGGAAGGAGGAAAAGAAAAGGCACUAGUGCAGCUUCAACGACACCAACACCUUCUGCAUCCACUACUCCGACGCUUACGAAUCCGAAAGAGGAGAAGGAUGUGAAAUUUAAUAUCAGAUUUCAGAAUGGAGUUAGUGCACCACACAUGCUUGGAAAUCAAUUGAACCCGACCUCUACGAUGGCACAAAAAAUGUCUGAUACUCUCUCCCAGGAACUCGAAGCUCAUUCUAUUUUUACAGAAGCUAGUAAUUCCACAACGAAUUUAGUUGGUCCACAGCUACAUAGUCGAAUACGAUCCAAUCAAUCAGGUGCACCGCCCACGUCAUUUUCUUCAGUUUUUAAUACUACUAGCAAUACUAAUACCAACACAAACAGCAACUCGGGCGCUAGUACAACCAGUACCGGUGCUUUAGGCGGUGGAGCAAUACCCCAAACGCUCGACCAACUUUUAGAGAGGCAAUGGGAGCAAGGAAGUCAGUUUCUGAUGGAACAAGCCCAGCACUUUGAUAUCGCUUCUCUACUUUCGUGUCUUCACCAAUUGAGAGCAGAAAAUCUUAGAUUAGAGGAACAUGUAAAUAGUCUUCUGCAGAGGAGAGAUCACUUAUUGGCUGUGAACGCUAGACUUGCAAUUCCUCUGACAACUCAGCCUAGUGCCCAUCCAGUGAACAACAUACACCCAACAGUCAACCCAUCACAUCCCAAUGUCCCACAUCCCGAAGUCCCACCAGGAGCUGCAGCCCCUGUUCCAAGAGUGAGCAGAGAACCACGAGUAAACAAUACAUACAUGCCUCACUCGAGCUCCAGUAAUCAUUCUACGACACUGGAAAAUGGCCUGCCUCCAGAUCCAUCUCCUCCAGCUGCAGCUUCACUCUCACAGUACCAGCACAGGACGUCGUUGGUUGCACCCCAGCCAAGUCCAACGAUCAGACACAGUCCGGCUGGAAGCGCAUACCACCAGGGGCAGUCUAGCAAUAUAGUGUCCCCGGCGCCGACUAGUAAUUCUGGUGUGGUCAGGAAUUCGUCCGUUACACCAGAUCCUCUGCGUGGAGUACCAAGGUCAGUGCCACAGUCGUCGAACAAUUACAUGCCUUCGAUGUACCAACCCGCAAUGUCAAGUCUAGCAAGUAAUCAUAAUCUUCAUUCACAUGGACUUUCUCCACCCAGUCAUGGACCGCCUGGGAAACCUAGCUGAAGAUAGGUAGAAGGCAAAGAAGAAUAUGCUACGUCCGAUGAUAGCAAAUACGGUGAGACGUAGUCGUCGGCUCGAUGAAGAAAGAAACGAACACAGGGAAAUCGUUUGUCCUUCGUGCUUCUUUGCUGAUUGAUUGGAUCUCUGACUGGUCUCUGCUCGAUAAAGUGUGAUCAACGAUAGAUUGGAAAUCUAUUAACUGGAAAAAAAGAAGUCUACGCUACGCGAGGAGAAAAUAUUUGCAUUUAUCGAUAAACACGUGAUUCACAAUUUUAUUCCAUUUGAACGAAUAGAGCUGAUCCAUGAGUUUAUACGUUUCUAUUUGCGUUUCAGCGAAUGUUCGAGAGAGCGUGGUUUUAUCAGGUCGAAUCGAAGAUUAAGUUAGUCCACGAAUCAAGCACGAUGAAAUAAAAGCCUUGCAAAUUCGAACGAAAAAACAAUCUAUAAAAGUCGAAGCACAGUUUUUUUCUCUUUUUUUUUGGUUGCACAUCAUCGAGCACGUCUGAGACAAUCUUUACAUCAUUAUCAUCCAUCAUUGUCAUAGGCAACGUGUGAUGUAAACAGUAAAACCGCAGAUGUACAAAUUUUAGAUAAGUAAGUUAAUCUAUCGCGACGAAUAGCAAUAAUAAAACGAAGUAGGUGUACAUUUUAUAUUAAAAAAAAAAAGACGAAAAAUGCAAAAAAAAAAAACAAGAACGAGAAAUAUUGCGUAUGAGUCUGGUGGUACGACAAAGUCGCCCGUUUCUUUUUCUACGAAGGCAUCUCUUUUUCUAGACGUUUCGUCACCGUCAUCUAACACGAAUGAACAAAUGAAAAAUUCGUUUUCUCGGAUUUUCUUCAGCGCACCACUGUCGACACAGUCGCACAUGGCUACACCUUUAAUAUUAAACAAUGUAAAUGUCUCGUAAUUGACCCGUUUCACGGCCAGACCGAUAUAUAUAUUCUAAUCUUAUAUAUGUAAAACUUAUACUGUAAUACUUUAAAUGUGUAUGAUUCGAGCACUGCCUUCCAUCAAUGAAAAGAAAAAUGGCUGUGAAACGGGUCGAACAAUUGUUUCUUCAUAAUACGAUGAUGUUUAAUGGUUUAGAUGGAAUUACGUUAAUAAAACGGAAGUUGAAAUUCCGUGCAAACAGAAUGUCAAAACGCGCGCUUCGUUUUCGCAUAAGGGUUUUGUUUGCCAUCGUUUCUUGGUUGUAUCUUGCCUUUCUUGAUGGCAGCACACGAUUCAACUCGACUAGAUCAAGAGUAUUGAAUUUUUAAUCUUUGUCGAUACGGGACAUA